AUGGCUACCACAUCUCUCCGAAAACGUGCACGUUCUACCUUCGAGGCGGAUGUCUCUGAACCAGCUAAACGCCGUGCCCCUCGUCGGGCGGCUACAAAGGCCAAAGAGAAUUUGAUCACGAUCUUUACACCUAUUGAAGAUGCAUUGGCAGCUGAGCAGUUAGCAAGAGAAGCUCGUCAAGAUGUUAUGGACGUCGAUGCCAAGUCUUCUCCACUUAAGCCUGCUAGUCCGUCGAAAAAGAAUGUUAUGUCACCAAAGGUGAAUGAUACAUUUAAGAUCUCGAAGCCAAACUUCAACUUCGAACCGACAAAGAAUGUUACUCCCUCGACACCCAGCAAACGCGACCGAGUCCAAGUUCUCCCAAUCACCCCUCGUCAUCGUAUUCUUUCUGCGAAACGGACUCCUAAGACACCAGGCGGUCGGGUUAUCGAUGUUCUCACUCCUGGAACACCAGUCACGCCAUCUUCCCGAACAAUCUUUACAUCUGGCAAGAACCUAUUCGUUCGCAGUACCGCUCCUGGAAAACUUGUAGGACGUGAAAAGGAACGUGAAAAACUUACCGAUUUCUUGAAGAGCAAGCUGGAGAAGAAGGUUGGAGGAUGUAUGUAUGUCAGCGGACCACCGGGUACCGGAAAGAGUGCGCUCUUGUCUGGUGUUAUUACCGAACUUUCGACAGAGGGUGUUAAGAUGGUUUAUGUCAACUGUAUGGCUACCAAGGAUCCUAAGGAUAUAUACUCAAAGCUUGCCGAAGACUUCUUGGGUGAUGAGGCGGUCAUGGGAAACUAUAUUGAUGCUUUGGAGAAAUUGUUUGUUCCAAGGAAGAAGUCGGCCGCGAACGUAUCCAUUAUAGUAUUGGAUGAGAUGGAUUCGCUGUUGACCAAGGACCAGGAAAUCCUCUACAAGAUCUUCGAAUGGUCGUUCGAAAAGAACUCAAAGCUUGUACUUGUGGGUAUCGCAAACGCACUCGACCUUACCGACCGCUUCCUCCCACGUCUCAAAGCACGCAACUUCGAACCAAUCUUGCUUCCUGUGCUACCGUACUCGGCAGAACAGAUUGCUCAAGUUGUCACUUCCAAACUCAAGAGCUUGAAUGACGAAUCGUGCGAUACAACGUGGGUUCCUUUGAUUCACCCGUCUGCUAUCACUCUUUGUUCGAAGAAGGUUGCACAGUCUACUGGUGAUUUGAGGAAGUGUUUUGAUAUCUGCAGGAAGGCGAUUGAUAUGGUUGAACAUGAAACGAAAACCAAAAUGAUGCAGCAAAUUCAGCAGGAACAAGGUGUCUCUGGUGUCGAGAACACAUCCACCAAAGGAAGCAUUCCAAUGGUCAUCACACCUUCCGCUAUACCACGAAAGCCAUUGUCCGAAACCGUGGUUGAUGCCAAUACUCCAGCUCCGGUUAAGGCUGGCACACGACCAAAUCCUCUUCAGUCUCUUACAGCGUUAUCGGCCCCCCGUGCGUCAUUGGCACAUAUCGCACGUAUCUCCACGACAUCUUUCGGUAUCACUUCAAACACACGGUUAAAGACAUUGAAUAUCAACCAAAAGGCUGUUGUUUGCGCUUUGGUGGUAUUGAGUCGGAAAGUUAAUGGUGGCGGCGUGCUCGUUAAGGAUUUGUGGCAGAGGUACUUGGAGCUUUGCAAAUCGGAUAAUGUUCUCUUCCCGACGGUUACGAAGAUGGAGUUUUUGGAUAUCUUGAGUGGAUUGGAGGCUGCUGGUGUGGCUGAGAUUAGUGGAGGCGGUGGGCCCACUGGUGGGCUUACACCGAGUAAGAGGGGUAGAGGGAAGGCUGCUGGAAAAGACGAGAAGAUGAUUAGGGCGACGGUUAAGGAGGAUGAGGUUAAGACUGUCGUUGGACAGGAUGGAGGUCAAGUUUUAUUGAAGAUGUUUACUGAAGCGUAG